AUGCAGAAACUCAAGGCCAGGAGGCAAAGUCUCUUCCCCAACUACAAGGUGGGAUGUCCCACUCCAGCACCGAAAGACCCAGGGGAGGACAUCGACCUCCCUCUGGUCGGCAACACCUGGCUGAAGCCAUGGAACUCCAUGACUGAGCUGAGCAAAGGCAAGGGCAAAGACAUCUAUGACAUCUACGCCGAGUACGAGGACGAGGGACUAGACGAGGGAUUUGAUAAGAUUGGCGUCUCCCCCAUGAGGCAAUUGUCCCCAGCUAAAAAUUACAUGCUCAACAUCAACGUCGGCGGCAAGGUGUACAAGAUAUCCUACCGGGCCGCAGCCAAGUACCCCAAGACGAGAAUCGGCCGGCUGGCCACCUACACCGACCACAACAGGAAGUUGGAUCUGUGCGAUGACUACAUCUUUCAGAACAACGAGUUCUUCUUCGACCGGGACCCGGACAUGUUCAACAACAUCUUCAACUUCUACCGCACCGGCGUGCUGUGGAUCAAGGACGAACUGUGUCCCCGCAACUUCCUGGAGGAGAUCAAUUACUGGGGCGUGCGCAUCAAGAACACGCACCGCUGCUGCCGCAUCUCCUUCGAGGAGCGUCAGGACGAGCUCAACGAGCAGCUGAAGGUCCAGCGCGAGCUCCAGGCCGAGGUGGAGAUGGAGGAGAACGAGGAUCUGUUCAAGGAGAUGGCCUUUGGGAGCGCGCGCCAUGCCAUCUGGAACCUCAUGGAGAUGCCCUUCUCCUCGGUCACCGCCAAGCUCAUGGCCGUCGCCUCCAGCUUUUUUGUUCUCGUCUCCUUAGUGGCAAUGACGCUGAGCACUGUGGAGGAGAUGCAGUACACCAACCCGGCGGGCCAGCUGAGCGGCCACUCGCACGCAGAGUACGUGGAGACUUUCUGCAUAGGCUUCUUCACAAUGGAGUACCUGCUGCGCCUGGUCUCCACGCCGGACCUCAAACGUUUCGGACGCAGCGUGCUCAACGCAGUGGAUCUGAUCGCCAUCCUGCCGCUUUACCUGCAGAUGUUCCUGGAGUAUUUCGAGACGGAGGACCGGGUGCGCCAUGACGACAUCGAGACUGUGGGCCGCGUGGGGAAGCUCGGGCAGGUGCUCCGCAUCAUGAGGUUGAUGAGAAUUUUCCGAAUUCUGAAGCUGGCGCGCCACUCGACGGGGCUCAGGGCAUUUGGGUUUACUCUAAGACAGUGCUACCAGCAGGUGGGCUGCCUCUUCCUCUUCAUUGCGAUGGGUAUCUUCACUUUCUCGGCCAUGGUGUACACCGUGGAGCACGAUAUGCCCCAGACCAACUUCACCAGCAUACCUGCUGCCUGGUGGUGGGCCGCGGUGAGCAUCUCUACCGUGGGCUACGGCGACGUUUUCCCAGAGACCAUCCUGGGACGCAUCUUCGCCUUCAUCUGUAUCUCCUUCGGCAUCAUCCUGAACGGCAUGCCCAUCUCCAUCCUCUUCAACAAGUUCUCAGACUACUACGCCAAGCUCAAGUCCAACGAGUACACGUUGACUCAGAAGGUCCGGGGCAAGCUCCGGCUGGUCAAGAGGGCGGCUCAGAAGCUCUCGGACUGCUGUGAGGAUGCCAAGGGAGGACGGACUUACGCUCCGUUUGAGGACGAUUAUUUGAAUUCGGGAGUUGAGAAGUGCCGUCAUCACAUUCCCAGAUGAUGAACUGUACCAUUGCAUUGUAGGCUUGGGCAAAAAAUCUACGGGAAUCACAAAUCGACUUGGCAAGUCCAACCGAAAUCAAGACUAUAAACUUAGUGCAUACUCAUUUUGUACAAAUUGUUUACAAUGACGACAGAUUUUGCAACUGUUCAGGGUUUAUUGAGGCACUUAAUAUCAAAAAUGUAUGCGGGUCAAUUUAUAAGGUGCAGGUAUUUUAUAUUAAAUGGGGGUGGGAGGUUGAAUCGAUUUGAAUCGUGAAUCGAGUUUUUUGAAAAAAAUAUCUUUUUGUGAGGGAAAAUCAACAAGAUCUAUCUAUGUCUUUGUUUUAGUGUGUUUCGCAUGAAGAACUAUUCAUUUAUGGUACAAGAAAGAACUGUCUAUCUCAAACAUUAGUUAAAACAGUUUAAUUUUUCUUUUCAGAAAAAAAAAACACUGCAUGGAUUUAACUCUUAAUAUCAAAGACUGCUUUAGGAAGGCUUGUGUUUGAAGUAAAUCCUUUGAUGUUGGUCGAUGUUUUGAUGGAAUUAAUAUGGCAUU